CCAGCAGCCAGCCCUCGACCCCUACUACUACUAAUAUCCUUUUCUCCGCCCCUCCCCCAUCUUUUCUUCCUUCCAUCCUUGGUGCGGAGUAUCCUUUUUAUCUCCCGUCCGUAUCAGAACCUCUCCUCUCCGUCCGCCAGCCAGCCAGAGCUUCGCCUUCCUUUACCGUCCCCACGCCGUCCCGACACCGCGCGGAAUUCGACUCCCGCCUUUUUCUACCCUUUCAAUAGUAACCGACACCUUCUCGAACCCUUUCCAUCAACCCAACACAUACACCAGCCAUUAUCAAUAUGGUCGCAGACGCUUUGGUUUACCACCCUGCCUUGGCGCAUUACCUGCGCUUUGUCGCAACGACGGUCGGUCGCGAUAAACUCCUCCGAACCUUGCAAUACUUCUCCCGCUUCUAUGCUUGGUACCUCUACCGCACCAACCGCCCCCAGUCCGCCAUCGAGCCUUUCAACGCCGUCAAGAAGCAGUUCGGAACAACUCGGAAGAUUCUGCGGAUCGGCAAGUUUGUUGAGCAUCUGAAGGCAGCUGCACUGGCCUCCGACAACAAGAACCCUGUUGACCCUGUACUCCGUUAUCUCGCCGUCGGCCGUCAGCUCGGCUACGCGGGCUACCUCUCUCUCGACACAAUCACCGUUAUCGAUACGAUCGGUGUUCGUAAGCUCGCUUCGGCCAAGCGACUGCAGGAGCACGCUUACCGCUCAUGGAUGGCGGGCUUGGUCUGCAGUGCUGUCGCGGGUGUAUACACUCUGUUCAGGUUGCGGGAGAAGGAGAAGACCCUCGACCGCAAGGAAGGCGAAGGUGUCGUGGAAGCCAAGAAGCUUGAGAAGGAGCGCUCUGCCGCACGCAUUCAGCUUAUUUCCGACCUUUGUGACCUGAGCGUGCCAGUGUCCGCUCUCGGACUGGCAUCUCUCGAUGACGGUAUUGUGGGUCUCGCAGGAACGGUCAGCAGUUUGAUCGGAAUCUGGUCCCAGUGGCGGAAGACUGCGUAAGCUGUCGCUGCUAGGACUGCAUCAUGGAGAUCGAUAUCAACAAGGCCUUAUAGAUAGUUCUUUCUGGCCCUCAUCAAACGCCGUCUGCGCGGUUAUUGAUACUAGAAUCUGACACGCCGGUGAUUAGCGGGUGUGCUCAGACAAAGCGAGAAACAAAUACUGACGGGUUGGACUAACUGAGCAUUUCAUGUGCGAGGCGGGUCC